AUGGGUGAUGGUAGCUUGAGGCAUGUGGUUCACAAACGAGUUCACCUGGAGCGGCACCAGCCCAAGCAUCGGCGCAGAUUGGGAUAUUUGGAGAAGCACAAGGACUAUGUGAAGCGAGCCAAAGACUUCCACAAGAAGGAAGACAUCAUCAAGGGUUUGCAUCGGAAGGCGUAUUUCAAAAAUGAAGACGAGUUCGCCUACGGCAUGAUGAGCCAUUCCACAAUGAAAGUCUGUGCCGUGGCAAGCUCUGAGCCCCCAAAAACCACUAAGAGGAAUCAGGGCGAGUGGGGGAGCUGGGCUUCUUUCGUGCAUGAUGUGGAGCACUUCUUAGAGUCUGCGAUGGUAGAUGAAGCACUGGAGAAGAGAAGCAACAGAAGGAUUCUGGAGGUCAAGCAUCGGGCCACAAUGCAGCUGAGCCAGGCGAAGAAAGCACAUCUCCAGCCAGACGCCGUCACUUACGCCACUGCAGCAGACUCGUUGGCUACAGCGAAGCGCGCGACAGAUGCGGGAUUGCUCCUCCAACAGGCUCGCAGCAGGCAGAUCAAGCCUACAACGGCGCUGAACACUGCAGUUGUCAACGCUUAUGCCGGACAAAGCUGCUGGGAAGAGACCAGCAUCCUCGUGGACAACAUGCGGAGGCAGGGCCCGAAGCCGAACAUCGUCACAUGCUCGGUGGCAUUGAAAAGCUGUGCUGCAAGUCGAUGGGCCCGCUGGGCGGAUGCCUUGCUCCUGCUUGGGACCGCCUGGCAUCAGUUCGCGGUGGAUGCUGUUUGUCUGGGUGCCACCGUGGCCGCCUGUGCAGUUUCCUCGGCUUGGGAGCAGGGCCUCUCUGUUCUGAUGCAGGCUAUCAGGCUGAAGCUCCGUGCCAACAUCAUCAUGUACAGUUCCAUUAUCACUUCCUGCCAACACGCAGGGGAGUGGGAAGUUGCCCUUCGCAUCCUUGAAGUUCCUACAGUUCAAGCAGCACCCAACGUGGUGCCGCUUUCAAGUGCUGUGAGUACUUUCGAGAAGCGCUGCCGAUGGUCGCAAGCGGGACACUUAGCACGGCCGAGACCCGGGUGCAAGUAG